AUGACUGUCCUGAAAUACGAUAGGCAACCGCCUCCACCAUACCCACAAAGUUCACCCUACCCACCCCAGGGCUAUGCACCACCUCCUCAGGGCCAUGCACCACCCCAGGGGCAAUAUCAACAGUACCCGCAGCAGUACCCACAGCAGUUCCCCCAGCAGGCAGGAUACGGCCAAACGAGGGUGGUGCAGCAGCCGCAACACAGAACGGUCAUCGUGAACCAGAGACCGGCCAAUGAUGGGUUCGCAACAGGCGUAUUGACCGGUGCCCUGCUCGGCGGCUACGGAUAUGGAUGGGGACACGGCUACGGCUAUGGCGGAGGAUGGGGCUACGGGGGAGGGUUCGGCUUCGGCCAUCACCACCACGGGUUUCACGAUCACCACCAUGGGUUUCAUGAUCACCAUCACCACCAUGAUCACCACCAUGACCACCACGACUAUGGUGGGGACCAUGGCGGGGAUUAUGGUGGAGAUUAUGCAGGGGACAUGGGUGGGGAUUAUGGUGGGGACAUGGGUGGGGAUUUUGGUGGGGACAUGGGUGGGGACUUUGGAGGGGACAUGGGCGGUGACUUCGGUGGUGAUAUGGGCGGGGAUUUUUAGGGUAUUGAGUGGUGUAAAUGGCAAACCUCACGGGGGGGGGGGGGGAACGUG